AUGAUAUUUGACUUGUCUGGGUUAUCAGAUCUUAUUCAACAACAGAUAAAGGAUAUUGUGUUUUCUACUACUACUACUGAAAUUACUCAGAAUGUAUUCAAUGUUUGUAUUGCCUUAAUAGCAUGUGCACAAAAGAAUAUGGAUCUUCCUAUACCAAUUAUUAAAGAACAGGACACAGUUGACGAUAUGACAUCAAUAACAACUACUGUUCAUCCUUUUAAUGAAGAUCGUAUAGAAGAACAAAAAAUCAUGAAUCAGUGGCUGCUCAAGGACAUGGAUCAUAUCACUGUAUCACGUGUCUCAUUUGAUAAUCAAUCAACAAGCUUACUUUCAUUUUUUAAACAUGUUCGAUAUGAAGUAGAAAGCGAGAAAAUGAGAACCAAGGUCUACAGAAGAUACAAUGAUUUUUGGUGGUUAAGCGAGAUUUUAUCGUAUAGGUAUCCGUUUCGCUUAAUACCUCAUUUACCACCCAAGAAGAUAGGAGGAAGGAACCUAGCUUUUGAAGAACAAAGAAGAAAGGGGUUAUCAAGAUUUAUUAAUGCCGUUGUUCGACAUCCAGUCUUAGGAAAAGACGAUGUUGUUUUAGCUUUUUUAAGCUGCCCAUCUGAAUUUCAAAAUUGGAAAAGUAGAAAUUCACCUUCGUUAGAUGAAGAAUUUGUUAGAAAGACAUAUGAUAUUAUUUAUUUUGAGCGCUUAAUACCAAUCGAUUUAGAAGAUCGUAUCAUUCGAAUGAAGAAACGCGUAUCAGUUACUUUACAACAAUAUAAUCAUAUGUAUCUUGUUAUGAAUGAUAUGAUUAAAUUGAAAAAGGCAUUAGGGGCAGACUAUAUUCGUUAUAGUCUUACUUUAAACUCUAUAAAUGCAUUAGAAAAACAAUGCUGGAUAAAUGAUUGUCAAGAUUGUUUAAAAGUAAAAUAUAGUUAUGAUAACGUUGUGAAAUCAAUGCAUCAAGCAGGAAUGAUGCUUAAUAGACAGGCCAUUGCUACAGGUAAUAGUAUAUUAGAAAGUUUAAAACAGCAAAAGGACUUGCUGGAAUCAUUCAAGGAUUUACUUGAACGAAGAGAAAAGGAUAAUCAUUUUGUACACAAUGAGCAAAUAUUGGCAAGACAAAUAGCAAAGUAUAAAAAGGGUCAAGUGAUAUCUUCUCUUGCACACGAUGAGGAACAAUUAGAAGAAGAACAAGAAGAAGAAGAACAACUAAAUCAUCAUCACUGUUUUAGUACUUCUUUCGAUGAAAGAACGGGUGGUUUAUCACUGAUACAGCAACGCGAAAUUUUCAUAAAAUUUUGCCUUUUCAACGAAUUAUCUUACUUUCAUAAACAACAGGCUUAUGUAUCUGCUAUGUACAAUCAAUACAUCAUAGACGAAUUAAAAUAUGCAAGGCAAUGGAAUACACAUUGGAAACAAUUAGAAAUGAUGACAAAAGAUAUGCCAAACAUACUUGAUGACUUUUUAUAA